AUGGACAUCUACAUGUCUGGUAUCGCCUACGCCGCGUCGGCGGAUACGCUCACGCAAACUCUCGCAUCGAUCCUCCACUCCAAGAGAUACGCCCGUUUCUCUGACGGUGGAAUCCUCCUGAACUUUCAAGUCAACCUCUUUCCCGACCAGAGGAGGGCAUACGCGCAUGGCGGAGCGGGUAUACUCACCAUACCCUCCCGCGAAGUAGCUCUGCAGUUCCUGGCGGAAUUUGGUGGUAAAUUCCCGCUCCGCGUUGUACAGGCACAUGGACGUUAUAUCACGUUCCAACAGAGCAAAAAGGCUUUGCGUCAGGACAUCAUCGAGUACUGUCGGCGCAUGCCGUACCAGGAUCCGCGACAAAAGGCGGAGCAGCAACAGAGGCGGGCAGAGUUAUCCGACGUCGUCGAUAUCGAAGCCGUGCAAUUCGGAUGGGAAUGCAGAGACGGAGCGUUCUCUCUUGAAUGGGAGAGGACCUAUGCCUCGUGCACUCUUCGAUUCGACGACGAUACUCGACGGCUCCGCAUCACGGGCCGUCGCGCGCCCGUAGACCAGCUCUAUCUCGGGACGAUUAGUUCCAGCCCGCAACACUAUGUCGUUCGAUACGCCCACAUCCUCUAUCUCGGCAUCAGCGAGAGCGACGAGUCGCUCUACUUCACGCUUGGCGCGCCGCCUGCUUUCGAAAGGGACGUGACGUACUACGAAGAUACGGAUACGUUCACCGCUUCGUAUCACUACCAGAAAAACCCUGUUGCCUCGCAGACUCGGAAGCCUCAAGGCUACCUGAGGCGCGUGAGCCACUUCGGUGGCGAUCACGAGCGGGUAGCGUCCUACGUGUCGCUCGCUAUGCGCCUGAAACUGGGUUCGUCCGGAGCUCUACAGCAGUUUCGGCAUAUGGCGGGCGUCGCAGGCCUCCGCACCCAUGAUUACACCAUCGCCGUUGAACGGCGUAACCUAUUCUCGGAGGCAAUCCUCCGAGAGCUGGCGGAGUGGCUUAAGACACUCCGCUGGAUGGUUGCUUUCCAUAUAGAGGCUAUACAUCGGAAACUUCUGUUGGAUCCUACAGAAAUAUUGCAGCUUCGUAAAGACGUGGAUCGCAUAUUUCGACUCAGGGGGGUCAAGUACACGAGUCAGCUACUUCGUCAUUUCGCGAACGGUCGGGCUAGGGAACUGGGGCACGAUCGCUCCGUGAAUCAGCGACCUAUGACGGCCAAGAAGGCAUUCCAGAUGGCAGCUAAAGAGUUCAAGUACAACAACGCAACGUGGCUCACGGACACUGCGGACGGUCUAUUCGACUGCCUCCACGUCAUAGUGACACCCUCUUCCAUCGUCCCUCAGGAACAAUACCCCGAUCGUUCGAAUCGAGUAAUACGAUCUUUCCCCGACCAUCAACAGCACUUCGUACGAGUGCAGUUCACCGAAGAGGAUUAUCAUCAGCUCCGAUUCGACCGCGACGUGGACGGAGAGCACUUCGUCAAGACGAGGAUAGGUGGCGUUCUGCGAAACGGCUUUCAGGUCGGCGGAAGGACCUUCGAAUUCUUGGCUUAUUCCCAGUCGGCGUUGAAGGACCAUGCUGUGUGGUUUGUUCGCCGCUUCAAAAUCGACAAUCAAUGGAUUACGGGGAACACUAUUCGCGAGAGCCUGGGCUCCUUCGACAAGGUCAUUUACUGCCCGAGCCUGUAUGGAGCGCGGAUGUCUCAAGCAUUUACCGCCACCGACCCAUCCGUGACCAUUACGGCAGAAGAAAUCGUCCGGAUACCAGAUAUCGAGAGAAGGGAUUCCACCGGCCGAACAUGGCAGUUCACCGACGGCGUCGGAACCAUAUCUCCGGAACUCGCCCAGGAGAUCACCACUGCUCUCGUGGCCAGAUCGCGGCGCAAGAAGGGCAGAUACUUCAGACCCCGUGCAUUCCAAAUUCGUAUCGCUGGUUCAAAGGGGAUGGUUAGCGUCAACCACAAGCUGCAUGGACGCGUGCUCUGCCUGCGCCCGUCCAUGAUCAAGUUUGAGUCCCCUAACUCACUGGACAUAGAAAUUGCGAAGACGUUUGACAAACCGGGGAAGUUCCUGCUUAACAGACCGUUGGUCAUGCUCUUGGAGGGGUUGGGUGUUCCCGCGGAUGAGUUCAUGAAGCUGCAGAACGCCGCCGUUGAAGACACCAAGGCGGCAAGUCGAUCACUCACGAAGGCGGCUCAAAUUUUGGAGACUCACGGACUCGGUACUGCUUUCCGGCUAACAUCAGUGUUCCUGGGUCUCGAACGUCUUGGAGUUGACCUAACGCGACGAGGUAAUCGGUUUCGCCUGGAAGACGAGUUCAUCCAUCGAGCCAUAGCGUACGCCAUCAACCACGUGCUGCGAGAGCUCAAACACCACGCAAGGAUUCCAGUGCCCUCAAGCUGGACGCUUGUUGGUAUCGCGGACAUUCACGGUGUUCUCAAAGAGGGCGAAGUGUUCGCUUGCAUACAGCCGUCACAUGGCGGGGAGAAGAUCUACUUGCAAGGACCAGUCAUGAUCACAAGAUCUCCCGUCAUCCAUCCAGGCGAUGUCCAGAUGCUUAGAGCUGUGGGACGUCCGCCGGCCGGGAGCAUCUACGAUCUUGAGCCCAUCCCGAAUACCGUUAUAUUCUCCAUCAAAGGAAGCAGACCCACAGCAAGCGAACUGGGAGGCGGCGACCUCGAUGGCGACGUUUUCAACGUGUCCCAAUACUUUGAUAUUUUUCCCAAGAAGUGUUACAUGCCAGCCAGUUAUGCUACCGCGGAGCGAAAGAUGCUCGACCGACCUAGUGAUGUGGGAGAUGUCAUUGACUUUGUCGUCGAUUUCAUAAACAACGAUAACCUCGGCCUCAUAGCCACUAACUGGCUGAUCAUCGCAGACCAGAGCCCCGAGAGCAUUUUUGAUGAUGCUUGCCUUCAACUCCAGCCCUGGUGA